UCCUCUGGACAGGUUUGGAUAAAUCUCCGCCUCUUUGCUGCUCCCUCCACUAUGUAACUCCCAAUCUGAGACCUCUCACAAGAUGUUUGUUUGAAAUACUCUGUGCUGCUGUGAAGACCUGCUCCUUCUACUGUACUAUGCCACUGCACUAGUUUUUCUCUGAGUACUUUGUGCUGCAGGGGACCUGGCUUUUUCCACUAUAUAACUCUAAUCCCGUGACCUUUAACACCAAUGACAAGCCUCUCCUGAAAUACUGUGCUACUGAAAAGAAGUCACCUCCUUUCACUCCCAGAAGAGCUGCACAAAACCCUCCUGAAAUACUCUGUGCUACUAAUCUGGUUAUGAUAUGUCUCUUCUAUGAUAACCCCUAAGCCUUCUGGGAAACGUAGUCACUUCCUCCUUGUUUGUUGCAGUAUUGAUUGAAAGAGAAAACUACAACUCCCAGAAUCCUUUUCGUCUUUUUUUCUUAGAACAUUUUAGUGGGCGGAGCCUGGAAGUUUUCAGUCACAUAAUAGAAGUUUGGUAGAGAGUGCGCCGCACAGGUUGGAGUUGGGACACGAUGUACAACAUAUCCCAGCAGCCACAGAGAGUGAAGGUGAAGCUCUGGGAAGAUUCUGCCUCCCGGGAUAAUUUUGGAUGUUGGAUUUGUGUUCCUGAAAAGCGACCCAAGAUGCACACGGUGCAGAAGGACACCACGUUCACAAAGAUCUUUGUUGGGGGGCUCCCAUAUCAUACCACCGACUCGUCCCUCAGGAAAUACUUUGAGGUUUUUGGGGAUAUUGAUGAAGCGGUGGUGAUCACGGACAGACAGACCAGCAAGUCCAGGGGCUAUGGCUUUGUCACAAUGGCGGACAGAGCAGCUGCUGAUCGGGCCUGCAAGGACCCCAACCCUAUUAUCGAUGGCCGUAAAGCAAAUGUGAACCUCGCUUAUAUCGGAGCCAAGCCAAGGAACCUCCAAACUGGUUUAACUAUCGGAGUUCAGCAGAUACACCCAGCCUUCAUCCAGAGACCUAUCGGACUGACGCCGCAAUAUAUAUACCCACACACCCUUAUCCAGCCAAGUGUGGUCAUUCCAACGCCAAUCCAGUCUCUACAAUCUCCGUACAUUGAUUAUAAUGCUGCUACCCAGGCCUACACCCAUUACACCACAGCUGCCUAUGAACAGUAUCCCUAUGCAGCCUCACCCGCCACUGGCUACAUGGGCUAUGGCUACACCAGCGCUGUCCAGCAGCCUAUCACCAGUACCACCACUGGAGCUCCACCCACCGCCUACAUCCAGUACCAGCCAGCACAGCUCCAGCCAGAUCGUCUGCAGUGAGAGAACGGUCUUCCUAGGCUUCCCAUCUAUUACCGCCAGAGGAUGCGGCUGCUAGAAGACAAAAACGUAUUAACGUACAUAUCGCAAAAGACUCCUACGCCAUGCCCUUAAGAUUUCAGUUGUGUUACAGACAAUGUUGGAGGCUCUUUGUUAAAUAUUUUUUUUUUGGCAUCCUGAGAAAAUAAUUGGGAGUCGUACAUGGAAAGAGGGGACCCAAUAUUUGACGUUGCUCCCUCUGUCCUUUUUUUGCAAGUUAAAAAAAUAAAUUUAAAAAAAGGAAGAAAUAGAAAUGGGCAGGGCAAAGUCUCCUGAUGGUACUUUUUUUUUUUUUAAAAAGCAAAAAAAAAACUAAAAAACAAGCAAAACUUUUCAUUGUUGAUCUAAGAACUAAACUGCUCAGCGAUGCCUUACAGAAAUAACUAUUUUUCAAUAUUUAUUGUAUUAUAUAUAUUUUUUUUAUGUUCACCUUAGCUGUGAAUUAGUACAUGAAGGGGCAGGAGUAUUUAUCCACCUUGUUAAUUUUUUUUUUUUUUGCUAAGUUAUUGUUUAAAAAAAAAAAAUUCUAGAUUAUUGCAGACUAUUUCAAUAUGCAAAUGACGGAGAAUGGACUUAAACUUCCGAUUGAGGGAGUUGUAAAAGCGGGGACCUCCGUAGUCAUGGCACUGUAAUAUUUUAUUGAUAAUAACUGUUCCAAUAUAUAUAUUACAAAAAAGAAAAAAGACACAAAAAGGAGUACAUUGUUUAACUGCUGAGGUCUCGUAGUGCUGCAACAGAGGAAAAUGCAGUAUUUUAUGUAGAGACGAGAUGGAGAAAUCGCAACACCAAAAGUGAUUUUACGAAGAUGGCUUAUAAAAGCAAAAAAAACAAAACUAUAUAAUA